CGUGCCCCUCUCCGACAUGGCGGCCGCCGCGUCAGCCCUACCGCUCCUCCCUCCCCUUUUUCCCGCUGCCAGAACCACCGGAGCCACGCCGGCAGCAGGAACGGAUCCGCCGCUUCCCGGAGGAAACGGAGAAAACCGCCAACGACUCCCGAAAAAACCACCUCAGCGCGGUGAGCGCUCCCGCAGGUAUCUUGUCCCCUCCGCGCCGCCGUUCCCGCCGGGCCGUGAGGGGACGCCGCCGCCAUGACAGCGCUGAGGCGGCUSAGCCGGCACCGCACCGCGCUGUGGCUCGGCGGGCUCUCUCUUUGCUCCGCCGUGCUGCUCUACCUGGCUAAAUGCACCUCGGAGGGGCUGCGCUCCCCUCCCGCUCCCCCCGCGCUGCCUCACAGCCCCGCCGGGCGCGGGUUCCGCGCUGAGGGCAGCGCUCUGCUGGCCGUGCUGGUGAUGAGCGGCCCCAAGUACAGCGAGCGCCGCAGCAUCAUCCGCACCACUUGGAUGGCUUUGGCCGCUCAAAAAACCCCUCACGGCCGCGUCUGGAGCCGCUUCGUGGUGGGCACGGCCGGGCUGAGCGCUGAAGAAAUGCGGAGUUUGGAACUGGAGCAAAACCGCCAUCGCGACCUUCUGCUGCUGCCGGAGCUGCGCGAUUCCUACGAGAACCUGACGGCCAAAGUGCUGGCCACCUACGUGUGGCUGGACUCGCAUUUGGACUUCCAGUUCGCCCUCAAAGCUGACGAUGACACUUUUGUGCGUUUGGACGUGUUGUUGGAAGAACUCCGAACCAAAGAACCGCGCCGCCUUUACUGGGGCUUCUUCUCCGGGCGCGGGCGGGUGAAAUCGGGUGGAAAAUGGAAAGAAAACGCUUGGCUGCUGUGCGAUUAUUACCUGCCCUACGCUUUGGGAGGCGGCUACGUGAUCUCCGGCGAUUUGGUGAGGUACCUGAGCCUCAGCAGGGAUUUUCUGAAUUUGUGGCAGAGUGAGGAUGUUUCCCUGGGUGCGUGGUUGGCGCCUGUAAAUGUYAAAAGAAUUCACGACCCGCGUUUCGACACCGAGUACAAAUCGCGYGGCUGCAGCAAUAAAUUCAUCGUCACCCACAAGCAGAGCAUCGAGGAUAUGUUAGAAAAGCACCAGACUUUGGUGAAAGAGGGGAAACUCUGCAAGGAGGAGGUGAAACUGCGCCUUUCCUACGUGUACGAUUGGGGGGUGCCGCCCUC